AUGUUCCCAUUCAUCAAAUUCCUACUGCACUCGCUUUUCUUCUCAUGUCCAGCAAAUGAUAAUACAAUACGUCUUUCAGGGAAAGUUCUAAACAGUGAAUAUGGUCGGCUUAUCGAGGGUUCUUCACAUGCCCUAGCCCUUUUAACAAGCAGAAGUUUGAGAGGAGCAUUACAAGUAGGAGAUGUCACCAAGGUGACAGAAGAAACAUCAAUUCCCGUCCUUUGCUCUUAUGCCGCCAAACAACUGCCCUCCUAUAUUCCAAAAAUGGUAGAUCGACUGAGAAAAAUUGGCUUCCCAGCUGCAUACUACAAAGACAACUCAAAUAAAACAAGGCCAUUUAUUAUAUUUCGAGAACCGCAGAUGUUUACCAUGGGCAGCAAAUUUCAAGCUGGAAAGAUUCGAAAUGAUGUUUGCAAGGAGAAGGUGAACAUGGUUAUGAUUGAAGGAGAAAGAAACCGAGGCUUGGCGAAGGAAAAUCUUGAUUCCUGCAACAGAGACGCCGAAUUUGAGACAUAUCGAAGCAGCUUCAAAAUUUUUCUUCCAGACGGAGAACAGCCUCUCGGCGCAUCAGAACUGUGGCGAAGUGGGCACCCAGACAGAACGUGCGGUAUCACCCCACGCGUGGGGCUUGGUUUUUCGCAAGAAGGGCUUGUUGACAUACCAGCAGUUGCUCGUCUGUUCGUAAUAUGCACAUUUGGAGAACCUUCCAAAAUAAAGCAAGAUGAAAGUGCUUUUGGUUGCCACAAAUAUGCUUUGUAUGACAAACAGAAAGGGCACUGCUCCUGCAAAGAUGGAUAUCCUGACAUUAAGAACACGAAGCUCUUUGACCUUACCGAAGCAGAAAAAUCACAUUGGGUGCGUGGUAUGGUGAAUACGGGGAUUUAG